AUAUUGGAAAUAUCAUAAACCUUCUUUAUCUUAUUUUUUUUCCUUCAUAUAAAUAGGAGCAUUCCUCACCACCAUUUUCUUCAUUGCAUUGUUUUAAAAUUCAUUUCAAUAUUAGUCCCUCUAUCUCCUCUAAAUUACACUUCUGCCACUCUUGUUUUGUUCAGUUCUUCGAUUCGGUUUUAUUAAAUUUCUCCGUUACCGAAGAAUCAAAUUAGUUCGGUCCAUUUUUUUUAUUUUUUGGGUAACCGAGCUAAAGAAUCGAAUUGGUUCAGUUUGAUUCGAUUUUUUUUAUCUUUCUGAAGAACCGAAUUAGUUCAGUUUGGUUCGAUUUUUCCAUCUUUACUAACAAUAGAAACAGAUGAAUCGAAUUAGUUGAGUUUGGUUCAAUUUUUCCAAUCAUUUUGAAGAACUGAAAAACCAAAGAGGCGAAGUAGUUCUGUUUGGUUCGAUUUUUUCAUGUUUCCGAAGAACAAAAACUGAAAAAUCGAAUUAGUUCAGUUUGGUUCGAUUCUUCCAUCUUUAUGAAGAACAGAAACUGAAGAACCGAAUCACAGUUCAAUUUGGUUCGAUUUUUUCAUCUUUAUGAAGAACAAAACUUAAAGAACCGAAUUAGUUCAAUUUGAUUCAAUUUUUCCUAUCUUUAUGAAGAACAGAUAUCGAAAAACCGAAUUAGUUCAAUUUGAUUAAUUAGUUCAAUUUAAUUCGAUUUUUCCAUCUUUCUGAAGAACAGAUAUCGAAAAAACGAAUUAGUUCAAUUUGAUUCAAUUUUUCUAUCUUUGUGAAGAACAGAUAUCGAAAAACCGAAUUAGUUCAGUUUGAUUAAUUAGUUCAAUUUGAUUCGAUUUUUCCUUAUCUUUUUGAAGAACAGAAAUCGAAGAACCGAAUUAGUUCAAUUUGAUUCGAUUUUUCCAUCUUUCUGAAGAACAGAAAUCGAAGAACCGAAUUCAGUUCAGUUAGAUUCGAUUUUCGAUUCUCAGGUAACCAAACAAAAAAACAUUCAAAUACUUACGUGGAUAUAGCAUAAAAUGCCUCCUCCGAGGAAUCACCGGAAAGGAAAGGUGCUAUCGGAGAAAUCACUGUCAUUUCACGGCCAGAAUUCAGAGAGUAACAACACAUCGGAGUUGCUACGAAGACCUAGGACGGUACCCGAUUUGCUCUCCUCCUCCGGUAGAACUUCUUCCGGUACCGGAACAUCACCGGAAUUGAAGGAACGUUUGAAGUUAACAAAGAUAUUGUUGAACGUUACGAUACAGAGAAGUGUAUGUCCAGUACAAGUUUUGAUUUCACUUGAAUCAUCAGUUGGUGAUCUUAUCGCCUCUGCACUCCGGCAGUACGUGAAGGAAGGAAGACGACCGGUUUUAAACUCCGUUGAUCCGGCGGUCUACGAUCUUCAUUACUCUCAGUUCAGCUUAGAAAGCUUGGACAGGGAGGAGAAAUUGAUGAAAUUAGGUUCAAGAAACUUCUUUCUGUGCCCGAAAACGUCGAAUUCCGACGGUGCCGGAGCAUCGUCGUCGCCGUCGUCGUCAAGCUGUGCAAAGGAAGCUGAUAAAGCUAAUGCUACAAAGAUUUCAUUGCCUUGGCUCAAAUUCAUGGACUUUAUGCUAUGAAGAACUAGUAGUGUAAUUUUGUACCAAGCGGAAAAUCGAACGCUCAUCCAUCAGAUAUAGUUCAGAUAAACAACCAAUUAAGCUAUCUUACGAUUUUUCUUAUAAGUUCGAGCUUAUUGUAUAUAUCACUUAUUAUAUCAGUAGUAUUAUAGAGGGAAGACCUAGCAUUAUAAUAAUGUUUAGAUUGAAAAAUAUUUUUUGUUCUUUUAAAUAGAUUUAUGUGCGUCUUACAAUGACGAAUAAUAUCCUAAAUUACAGGAUAAAAAAUUACUUUAGAAGUCUAAGUAUCCAAAUUAAUAGAUGCAUUUUUAUCCAAAA